AUGCCCAUCACAAUCCUCAACCCUCAGCCCAGCACGCCGGCGCCUCGGCGGCCGCGCGCAAUGGACAUCGACAUGGACGUUGCUUCAGAUUCGGACUCGGACUCGGAAAUGGGCGGAGCUGCCAUUCUCACGCCGGGGACGGUCAUUACGUCGAAUCCCCAAUGGAUGCGCGGCCACGGGACAUACGUCCCCCCCAACACAACAAACAUCACCUCCUCCCUCGCAGGCACCCUCACGCGCACCAACAAGCUCCUCUCCGUGCGGCCCCUGCGCGCCCGCUACAACCCCGAGAUCGGCGACCUGGUCGUCGGCCGCAUCGUCGAGGUCCAGGCCAAGCGGUGGCGCGUCGACGUCGCCGCCGCGCAGCUCGCCAUCCUGCAAAUCUCCGCCAUCAACCUCCCCGGCGGCAUCCUCCGCAAGCGCACCGAGACGGACGAGCUCCAGAUCCGGAGCUUCUUCGCCGAGGGCGACCUGCUCGUCGCCGAGGUCCAGCAGCUGCACCAGGACGGCGCCGCCAGCCUGCACACGCGCAGCCUCAAGUACGGCAAGCUCCGCAACGGCGUGUUUGUCGCCGUCGGGGGCACGGGAGGAGGCGCCGGCGUGGUGCGCUCCAAGCGCCAGCUGUGGACCAUGGAGACGGCCAACGGCGGCGGCAAGAUUGACGUCUUGCUGGGCGUCAACGGAUACAUCUGGAUCAGCAAGCACGUGGAGAGCGACGUCGCGGCCGAGGCGGCCGGCAUCAACCGCAUGGAGGAGAGCGUCAGCUCGCAAAUCUACUCGAGCCAGAACAACCACAUCGACGUGCCCACGAUGCGGGAGAUUGCGCGCUGCCGGAGCGUCAUCCUUGCGCUGGUGGAGAACGGCGUCAAGGUGGACGAGGACACCGUCACGAGGGGCUAUCUCGAGGCUGUCGAGUUUGGGAGGGAAUCUGCGGAUGAUGACAUCUAUCUUGGUGGCGAGAGGGGCAAGAGGCUUGCUGCGGCGUUAUCCGGGCGGUAG